UAUAGAAAUUAUGAAGGAAAAAUAUCCAAAACCCUCCUCAGAGUCCUUCUCCAACAAUGGCUAUGGCGGUUCAGUGCAUGUCAUGUGCUCGCUUCGUUCCUUUGCAAUGGCAACGCAAACCCCUUCUCUGCUCCCUCUUCCUCUCUCUCUCUUCUCCCUCUCGCAAUUUCAACCUCUCUUCUUCAUUCGUUGCCGCCACUUCUCGGAACAAGAACAAAAACAAGAAAAGUUUGGCUCCGAGUGAUGUUUCUGAGGAGGACGCGUUUGAGAUGCUAUUCAAGCAGCUCGAAGAAGAUCUCAAAAACGACGAUUUGUCGAAAGGUGACGACGAAAGUGAGGAGAUAACUGAGGAAGAUAUUGCCGCGUUCGAGCGUGAGUUAGGAGAUGCAUUGGGAGACUUUGACGCUGAAUUGUUGAACUCGGAUUCGAGCGACGCAGAAAAUGGCAAUGAUGAUGAUGAUGGCGAUGAUGGGGUUGAAAGCUCACUGAAGCUUAGAAAUUGGCAAAUGAAGAAAUUGGCUCGAGCUUUGAAAACUGGCCGCCGCAAAACAAGUAUAAAAAAUCUUGCUGCUGAGCUUUGUCUUGAUAGGGCUCUUGUACUUGAAUUGCUUCGAAAUCCUCCUCCAAAUCUUUUGAUGUUGAGUCUAUCAAUACCUGAUGAACCCCCAGCAACAGUAACAUCACUUGAAACAAAACCCAGCGAUAUUAUUCAUAAAGAAAUAAGUACAGAUCAUGUAGAAUCUGGACCCAGGGCUCAAGUACCUAUUCAUACCAUGCAACGUAGUUGGACUGCUCAGAAGAGAUUGAAAAAGGCCCACAUUGAUACUCUGGAGAGAGUUUAUCGGAGAUCAAAACGACCCACUAAUGCGAUGAUCAGUAGUAUUGUGCAUGUUACAAACAUUCCUCGGAAAAGAGUUGUUAAGUGGUUUGAAGACAAACGUGCUGAGGAAGGAGUUCCAGAUCGCCGUCUUCCUUACCAGCGCUCUGUUCCUGAAACUGCUUGAAGAUUUUAUAUUCGUUGAUUUGUUUUUAAGGAUGUAAGCAAUAUGAGGAAUCUUAUAAUUGUAUAAAAAGUAAUGUUUCUCACCAACCGUGGUCAUGCUUUUGGGGCGAGUUAUGUGAGGAAGUUGAGUAGUGAUGUAUGUUAUUAUUGGUUUGGUUAUGACAGUAAUUUUGGUCCUUUGAGUCCAGUCUCUAGUGGUUACAGGAUGGGGUUCUCUAUUUCUUUUGGUACAGUAGUCCUGUGUGCUAAAUUUCACUACACAACAUAAUUUAUAAAAGCUUUAGGCAAUGUUACCCAAAUGUCAAAGUAACACCUUAAGUUAAGACUGAAGAGAAAUAAAAGUUGUUUAGUCCGAAGU